AUGCGUGCGCAAAAUAAUCUACGGCUCGUCCUGAGCGAUACACAUUUUCUUCUUCAAUUUGCAAGAUCAAACACCCCGAGAGUAGGAGGCACGAAAGAUUUCAUCUCGCAGCUUAGAGUCGUUGAGAUUUGUGACGUUGGCCAGACGAGGAUCAGGCAUGAUAACCUGUCUGCGUCCAAGUUAUGUAUUUCUUCUGCUGGACUUCACAUUAGACAGGUGGGAGUGGGUAGGCAGCUGACUAUGCCCGUUCUUGUCGGGGCAGCAAUGAUACUGAGUAGUACUUCCAAAAGCCACGCAUUCGUCUCACAGAUUUCCAGGUCCAGAGAUUGUAUUUCUCAGAACGAGGCUAAGCCGGGUGGUUGGCGCAAUGGGUUCCGCGUUGAAAACACCAAAGGUUGA